GACCUCACAGUGUAGCAUGCUCAACUUCAAAAUUUAUGUGCCCAUCGUGUGUCUCUCCGCAAAUUUAGAACUCGUCUCACUUAUCUCCUUGUAAUAUUAUCUAACAGCCAACUAAGUAUCAAUGCUAGUCACCCUUUAGCCUUCCUGGCGAAAGAAUUUGGAUUUUACGCCACAACAGAACAUGGCGUUGGCCAAAGUCGGCCAUUUGGGAUAUGACACAAUGAAGUUUGAGAAAGCACUAAAGCGGAUUCCAUGCAGAGAAACGCAAAUCGGCAAACUUAUCUCGCUGUUCGGGGGCAAGGAAAGUGUCCCGUGCCCGGCGAUUUUCGUUUACGGUCACACUGCCACAGGGAAAUCAUUGGUUGUUAAAACAUUGUUAAAAGUCCUUGAGUUGCAGCAUGUAUUGGUCAAUUGUGUGGAGUGUUUUACAGGGAGGCUGCUUUAUGAACACAUUCUAUACCAACUGGAAGAUAUCGAUGAUGGCACUGACCUAUUUCCACCACGCUGUGAGAAUGUUGCUGAAUUUCUACGACUACUAAAGCUUAAAGCCACUAAACUCAACCUUGAAAAGGAAACCUUGUAUAUAGUUCUCGAUAAAGCUGAGCGUUUACGUGAUAUGGAUGCUAAUGUAUUGGCUGGCUUUUUACGCCUUCAGGAACUGGCUGGUUUGAAUUUUUGUGUUAUUCUUUUGAGUGAAAUAACUUGGGAGAAAUUUUUUACAGGAACUGGGUUCCUGGAUCCAAUUACGGUGCAUUUUCCUGAUUACUCUAAGUCUGAACUUCAAAAGAUAAUGUGCCUUGAUCGCCACGAAGAUCACCCGCUGGAAUUUUAUGGCUCUUAUUGUCAGCUCCUUCUCAGUGUGUUCCAUACGGUCUGCAGGGAUCUCAAUGAACUGCGACACUUGGCUGCACUCCACUUGACCAAGUACUGUGAGCCAAUCACGAACAAUGAAGCAACUUUCAAUGAUAGCCACAAGUUGUGGCGUAAUAUUAACCCGCAUUUGAAACGGGCACUCAACACUGUUUACUUACGCGAGGUAUCAAGUGAACAAUGGGAAGCAAUGUUGACGCAAGAAGCUCAGACUGAUAGUGGAGGCAGCUCAUUAAUAGUUCCCCAGAGAUCCCACAUUGAGUUGCCAUUCUAUUCAAAAUAUCUGCUAGUAGCUGCCUACAUUGCCUCUUACAACCCACCUCGCACAGAUAAAAGGUUCUUUUCCAAGAAGGCUCCCAGAAUGUCAAACAAAGCGAAAGCUGCAGCUAAAACCAACAAAGGAAGGGUCAACUGUCAGCUCACAGGUCCCAAGGCAUUCCCACUUGAUCGUCUUAUGGCUAUAUUCUAUACUAUUGUCGAAGACAACGUGGCGCCCUCUGCGAGCAUUCUCUCACAGAUCACAUCACUAGUCUCCCUCAACUUACUAUCACAGACCUCAGCUGAUGAUCAGAUUGAUGCAGCCAAGUAUAAGUGCUUGGUCAGCUUCGAUUUCAUUCGAGGGAUAGCAAAGCAGUUAGAUUUCGACAUUGUGCAGUAUCUGUUUGACUUUGUGUAACUGAUGCCAAUCAUAGAAUCAUAUGGUCAAACUCCAUUCAGCAGCAGACACAACACAAAAUCCCCAGAUACUUGAGCUGUUAACAGGCCCGUAGCCCGGAUUCUGAGCAGGGUAGUUCGUUUUUCCAUUUCAGCGGACCAAAUUUCCGGUAUACCCCUCCCCUUAUUACAUUAGGUAAUCAAUCUUGUAUCUAAAAUGUUACUAAUAGGGUACUUUUUAACAUAAAGCGGUAAUAAUAAAGAUAAUUAUUAUAAAAA